AACUCUGACAGCUGGAGACCCCAGACGCAGAGCCGUGCCCAGCAAGCAUCCCGACUAAAUUCUCCUUCACCCUCAGACACCGAAUCUCCCAGCCUUCUCUCCCCUCCCCACUGACCUUGCAAGGAUGGCUUGGCUAACCCACUCACCGGCCGCUGUUGUCUUCGCCCUGACCCUCAUGUUGCUCGGCGCUGUCAGAGCUGGCCCCCUUACAGAUGAUGGUCACAUGGAACACCAGUCCCCGGACAACCUGAAGGAGAGCGGACAGACCCCUCAUUACCAGGGCCAGGGGCUGUUCCCAGAGAACGGGAAAAUGCCCGAGGGCGAGGUGGAGCCGCUCAAGAGCCAUCAGGUCAGGUCCGCUCCCUCCCAGCCCAAGCCGGAACCCAGUUACGAUGACGAACUGUUUAAGGACGUGGACGCCAAGACCCUGGCGGCCAUUUUGCUGCAAGCUUUGAAGGUGGACACAGACCAGCCCAGCACCAGGGAGGAGCCAAGGCAGCACGAUGGAGUGGCACCACCCUCCGCCGACCUCGGGUCACCAGAGGUGGAGGCUAAUGACUUGACGGAGAAUGUGAAGAGUAGGACCAGAGUGGGAAAGACCCAGAGGAGCCCCAUCUCACAGGAGAAUGAAGAGUCAUACUGGAGGAACGGGGAGGACGGAGAAGACUCCCUGACCCCACAGAACAUCGACAGGCUGGAGACAAUGCUGCAGGACUUGGAGAGAUACAGCGCGACCACAAAAAGGGAGAGGUCCAACACUGCCCAGUUCUCACUAACCAAGGGUGACCAAUCAACGGAAAAUGAUGUGCUGAGAGACCUGGAUGCCUUCGAAGAGCUAGUGGGCAGGAAGGAGAAAUACUCUGACUAUGAGGAGAGCCAGGAGGACACCCGCGAUAGAGUGAAGUACAGCUCCAAAGCCCCAGAGGUUAGCAGGAGGAAGAGUGGCCAGCAGAGGGCAAAGGAUAGAGCAUCUGACCUGUUGCUGCAGUACCUACUAAAGGGGGAGUCCAGCCAGGAGGAAGAGGAGGAGGAGGAGGAGGGGAAGGUGAGAGACAACAGGGGGAAGGUCGGAGGAGACUCAGAGGACAGCGCCUCCCAGGAGAAGAGGUCAGAUGAAGACGAAGAUGAGGAUGAGGAUAUCGAUCCCCAGACCAUCGACAGACUCAUCGAGAUAUCUAGCAAGCUCCAUCUGCCCGCCGACGAUGUGAUUGACAUCAUCAAUGAUGUGGAAAAGAAAAGGAAAGAUCCAAUGGAGAGGCUAGAGAGCAGAUAUGGGGCAUCAUCCCGGGACAGGUACAAGACCCCAGACAGCAAUUACCUUCCCCAUCAUCGGCCAGAGAAGACCAGACACCAUGUCAACAAUGAGCUGAGUCUUCAGGAUCUCCUGGGUGCUAAUAAUGCUCUAGACUAUGACAGCAUGGCUUACCCUAUCCCCAGGAGGUACCGUCUCAGGCCAAAUGGUUACCCCAAUUACAUUCAUCCCAGAAUCUCCCAGCCUCGUUACCGCCCCUAUUACUACCAGCCUCCACCCCCAGUUUACCGAAACAAGGAGUACUACGAGGAUGAAGCCAAUGAGGAAGAGCUGGAGAACUACAUUGAGAAGAUCUUGCUCAAGCACCCAGAGGUCUUCCAAUAGAAUGAAAGGAAUGAUUAAAAGGUCCAAUCAUUGGUUCAUUUUCCUCCCACUCCCCUACCUUCCAACACCCCCUCCCCACCUUUUUUUCGUAUAGAUUAUCAGUUUGUUAAGGUUUUUCUGCAUGAGCCAGGCAAAUGUGAGGAAACAUCAAUUCCCCCACUGCCCUGACUCAUUCCAAACACAGCCGUGCACCCCAUCUCACAUCACUCCUAACCCCGCACCUCCAACCCCACUCCUCCCCUGACUGGACCAGAAAGAGAGCAGUUGGCAGGACCAAGGUGAAAUAUUUUUGUACAACACCCUAGGCUCAAGGAGGUUAUCCCCAUCUGAACAGUGAUGGCGAUCAUGUUGUGUGUGUGUGUGAGUGAGUGUGUGUGGGUGUGCGCAUGCAUGUGCGAGUGUGUGUGGG